GGAGGGAGCGCUCCUCUCCUUCUCUCUGCAGCUUUUUCUUCCCCACCCUUUUCCUCCCAAAAGCAAAACCACCCGUUCUUCAAAAGGGGGGGGGGGACGAGAAGCGAUCACCGGGUCCCUUUUCAGCCCUGACCAAUUUUGAAGCCCAGCUACUCUUUCCUUGCAAGAGAGUCCGAUUAUAGCAAAGCAGCCGCAGCCUUCCCCCUCCGGCUAAUUCGGCAACCACGCACUAGCGCUUCCGCAGGAGCUGCACCCCGAUGAUCACCGGUCGCAGGCCGGGCUGCGCCCCAAAAGCUCUGCUGAGCUGGGGUGAGGGGCGAUGCAGGAUUUGCUGGGAGGAUGCUCCCUCCUCGCCCCCGGGGCACCAACUUUAAGGAGAAGUCCCGGGAUUGCAGCCUCCCUGCCUCUCCCCUCAGUGCAUUUAACUUAAUGCACCAGGACGGGCCCCAGCCAGCAGCCCCUCUGCCCCCCGACUUCCUUCUCCUCGCCCCGCAGCAGCCCGGGGUGCUGGCUGGUUGGCGGUCCCGGUGGAGUCCGCGCUGCCGUGUGUCUCUGUGCGGUGCGGCGGGGAAGCAGGAGCCCGGCAUGUGGCGUCCCCUUGCACCAUGAGAUACAGCGGGGGCAGCAGCAGCAGCAGCCCCAGCAGGAAGGCGGCGGCGGCCAGAAACCUGGGCUUGUAGUGUGCGAGGACCAGUUUGCCGGCUCCCGAGCCUGGCCCCUUGCGAGAGUGGAGCAGCCGCCGCCGCAGCGGCACCGGGAAGCACCACAAAAGCGGCGGCAUCAAGCCCAGCAGCAGCAGCCGGUGUCGGAGCGGCCGCGGCUCCCGCGCUCAGGUAGCCACAGCGGACAGCAGCAGCAGCUGGGCUAAGCCGGCCCGCCUCCCCCAGCACCCCAGAAGUCUCAGCACAGGCAGAGAUUUGUGAAAUUCAACAAGACUGGAAGCCUUCGUUUCUCAGCAAUGAAGAAUUCACCCAGCUGAUGUUGGAGGCAUUAGAUGGCUUCAUUAUAGCAGUCACCACAGAUGGAACCAUUGUAUAUGUUUCUGACAGUAUUACACCUCUACUUGGACAUUUACCUUGUGACAUAAUGGAUCAGAAUUUGUUAAAUUUCCUCCCAGAACAGGAACAUUCAGAAGUUUAUAAAAUAUUAUCUUCUCGUAUGCUUCUCGCAGAUUCUGCUUCAUCAGAUUCGCUAAAGACUGACAAUGAUUUAGAGUUUUACUGUCAUCUUCUGAGAGGAAGUUUGAACCCGAAGGAAUUUCCAACAUAUGAAUACAUAAAAUUUGUAGGAAAUUUUUGGUCUUACAGCAAUGUGCCUAAUUCCACCUGUAACUGCUUUGAUGGUGCUGUUCCACAGGCUUAUAGAACAUCACUAGGAAAACAAGUCUGUUUUGUUGCUACUGUUCGACUGGCAACACCUCAGUUUUUAAAGGAAAUGUGCAUAGUUGAAGAACCUUUAGAGGAAUUCACUUCAAGACAUAGUCUGGAAUGGAAAUUCUUAUUUCUGGAUCACAGAGCGCCGCCUAUUAUAGGAUACUUGCCUUUUGAAGUGCUGGGUACUUCUGGCUAUGAUUAUUACCACAUAGAUGACCUAGAACUCUUAGCAAGGUGCCAUGAACACUUGAUGCAGUUUGGCAAAGGAAAGUCUUGUUGUUACCGGUUUCUGACCAAAGGACAGCAGUGGAUCUGGCUGCAAACCCAUUACUAUAUCACCUACCAUCAGUGGAACUCCAAGCCAGAGUUCAUUGUAUGCACACACACUGUAGUAAGUUAUGCAGAUGUUCGAGUUGAAAGGAGACAAGAACUGGCCUUGGAAGCUGCACCCUCAGAAACACUAAAGGAUGGUGGCUUAGGCUUGAAUCCCGAACAGCACUUUAAUGCACUUCAAAUAGGCAUCUCAGUUCUCAACACUAGUCGGACACCCUCUGUAUCAUCUAGAAGCUCACGCAAAUCUUCCAACACACCCAUGUCUGAACCUGCAUCCACACCAACAAAACUGAUCACAGAGUCUAACGUUCCCUCCUUGCAAAGAACACCCUGCAUACAGCAGGAUUCAUCCAUGCAAAGACUCAGUCAACCUGUCACUAUUCAGGCAUCUUUGCCUUCUCAGACAUCAUUUGAGCUUCUCCCACAGCAGCUGCUGGCCCAAGCAGCUUUGCAAAAUCAGCCUACAUCUAUGGCACAGUUCUCGGCACAAUUUAACAUGUUCCAGACUAUCAAGGAACAGCUGGAGCAGCGAACUCGGAUCCUGCAGGCCAACAUUCGGUGGCAGCAGGAAGAGCUCCAUAAAAUACAGCAACAGCUCUGCUUGGUCCAAGAUUCCAGUAUACAGAUGUUUUUACAGCAGCCAACAGUGUCCCUGAGCUUUAGCAACAUACAGCAGCCAGAUCCUCAGCAGCUACAGCAGAGGUCAAGGAUAAUUUCUCAGCAGCAGCUUAUCCCCAGUCCUCAACUUCAAGGGCAAGUUGCAUCUUCCCAACCAGCAAACCAGCAAAUAUUAAGAGAAGCGAAUGUGGUAUCAAGCCAGGCUGUGAACAUGGCUCCAUCUGCUGCUAUAGCACAGGAUAGCAACCAGUGUCAUGUUAGUCCAGAUUUCAGCCAGGACCGACAACUGAGACUGUUGCUGAGCCAGCCUAUUCAGCCAAUGAUGCCUAGUUCCUGUAAUUCAAGACUCGCUUCAGAGAUCAGUGUGGCUGGACGCCAGGCUAAAUAUUCUCAAAACCAACAAUUGUUUCAAAGUCUGGAACUGCAAACUUCCAGCAGCAGUUCACCUAUAGUGCUGAUGGGACAAGCAGUGUUACAUCCAGGGUUUUCUGCCUCACAGCCAUCUCAGACAUCAUCUCUGCAACCUAUGCAACUCCAGCAACAGCAGCAGCAUUGCUACCUUCAGGUGCAGACACCAAGUCCUUUACACAGUGAGCAACCCGAUUCUUUGCUCCUGGCAUCCUACUCACAGCUGCAAGGAAAUAUAGGAUACCAUCAUCCACAGCAGCAGCCAGUGCCACUUGCUUCAAGAAGAACCAGUAGCUUGUCAGAAUCAUCAAAUCUACCACAGCCACUAUGAUAGUCCCACACCAGCACAAUCAAUGCACGAUUAGCUAUAACCAAUAGACCUGUGGGGCAGGAGAGAAGAAAUGACGGAACCUACAAUUUUGACUUUUGCACAUACAUUCAUUUCAAAGCUCCAUGGCAGUAGCAGACCACAGAGUGUGGACUGCAGCAGGCAAUGUAACGGAAAAGGAGUUGGAUUCAGUUUGCACUGUUUCAUGACAAUAUUAUAUAUCAUCAGACUGAGUAAAAUAAACAUGAAUGCUAUCCUGUGCGAACUCCAUCACUGAUUACUGUGCGGCAGGAGAACUUUCUUGUUGGUACAUCAUUCUGAGAGCACGCUGAUUCCUAAAGACUGUGAACAGACACAUGAGGUACUUGGCCUACACUGUUUCAGUUCAUCUUUUGUGUAAGAAAAGCAAUGGAACAAAAAUCUAUAGAGCAGAGAACAAGAGAUUAUUUUUAUUAUGAUUAUUAUCGUUUUGCACAACUGCACAGAAGAUAUAACCUAGGCACUUUCUAUAAAGAGAGGUUUGUGUCGUUAUUCUGGUGGCCAGACUGGUACAUCCAAUUAAACAGAAAGCCCAGUCACAGUUAAAAAUGCUACACAAUCCAUACCCCUUGAUUUAUAACCUAAAGGUAUUAAAGCAGUUUACCCUACCAGCUUUCUGAUUAAAAACAAAAAACACAGGACUGUUUCCUGUUUACUCUGUGAAUUUUAACUGCAAAGGAGAACUAAAAAUAUAAGCACAAUCAUGCAGCUGUAUUGUUCCAGAAUAUAGUAGACUCUUUGCUAAGAUAAAGUGGGUUCUUCUGCAAAAUGAACAGCCCACUUACAACUGGUCAUAGCAACAAGUAUCUGAAAAAUAUGCACUGUGUUUUGGCCCAGUGACUAGGGAUGCUGCAAAUUAUCACAUAUCUUUUUCAUGAUAACAUUUAAAUUUUCCUUUAAAAAUGCACUUUUUGCUUUUUUGUAUGUUUUAUGUUUCUAAGAAAGAUUUUAUGUAAUUAUAAAAUAAAAAGUAGUGCAUUGUACAGCUGUUGU